CCGUGAUUUGUAGCUAGUUCCGGCUCUUUGAGGUGACCUUGGAAGUAGACUUUCUUUCGAGGGUCAUAUCUGAAAGGUUGGCUCAUUGAGGCGGGCAGCGUAUGUAUUCCACAUACGAUGAUGUCAUCGUUUACGUCCUUGCGCAUGGACCACUACGCAACUGAGCAAACUUUUUAGCCGCUUAAAAAAAAGAAAAGAAAAAGAAAAAAUAUGAUCAUCGAGCGAGUGAGAUAAGCAGAGCAUUCAGCCGGCGUGCGCACAAUACCCGUUUGUGAAGCGCGUCUAUUGAGUGAAGCAAGCUAUUGUUCAAUAGAAGAGCAACCGAGGCAGUUGGUUAACUGCGCGUCUCUAAGUCUAUUCGUCCAGCAUCUCACUUUCUCCAUCCCUUGGAUUAUUCCUCAGAACACGCGCCGCAUCUUGACGUUUCCGGAUCUCGACACAGUCACUGAUUAAACUGCCGUUUAACGCAUGUUCGCUAGAAAAGGAAAUAAUAAUAAAAAAGAAACAAUAAUAAAUAAAUAAAUAAAAGAAUUUGAUCAACCGCAUUUCAGAAAUUCGUGGGUUGGGAUUUUUGAAACGUGUGGUCGAGCGGCGGCAUGUCCGCAGGUUCAUGAAAUUGUUACUUUGAUGGGAAAUCCCGCUUUUUUGUCUUUUUCUCUCGUGCCGAGCAAGUUUUGAAACAAUGGUGUUUGACAGCUGGAGUAUCUCGAAUUGAAUUGUUGCACCGCCUGGAUUUAAACAGGAAGGAAAUAAAAAUAAGCAAAAAUACUGACGGAAUUACUUUUGUUCAUCGUAACAUCGUGGUUCACCACAUCCAAGAGUUUACAAUAAGUAACAGAUGCUCGGCGACACUAAAGCAGAAAGUUUGUCGAAUUCCUAAGAAAACAUCUUUAAUUUUGGGGAGAUUCACCGACAACACAUAUUGGUUAUUGAACUGUUGCUUCGUAAUCACGAGCAUCCAAUGCAAUUUUAUGCCUUUAAACAUAUUCUUUAUAGGAAGAUUAAAGCAGAUAUUUUGCCGGUCUCAUACAUGUGCACCGAAUUCUUGUAUUGUACAUCGAAUGCUUUUGUUGAUGUACAUAGAAUUCUUUUGUUGAUACAGGACAUCCGGCGAGAGGUUCAAAGUCUUUGAACUGAGGCCAAGUUGCGGCCGAUGCUUAUUUGGAUAAAGGCACCGUCUGCCGCCAUAGGUGUUAUUACGAUAUUUGUUCUACUGUUGGGUUCCACUGUGUCAGAAGAAGUUCUCACAACCGCCAUAUACGACGAAAACGCAACCCUUUCCGGGUCAGAAAUUAGUGAAGGGCCCACUUUUAGCGUCAGUGAGCUGCCCUUUGUUAACAGUCUCUUGAAUCCUUGUUCUUCAGAAGCCACGACAAACGGCUAUAUCGCAGCCGAAGGACAUAGGGCGAGUUUCGCCAUUGAAUUUUUUAAAUUCAUGAAUACUUGCGCAGCAACAUACAAACAGAAUGCCCAACAAGUGCUUGAUCGUGAUGUAAUUCACGAAUGUGCUUCGCUAGGCAUUUAUAAUCUUCCUAAUACUCCAACUCUUCAAGAAUUGUUGGAUAUGGACACAGAAGAAGCUCUCAAUAGAAUUUAUUCAUCACUUCUUGUGCAUUCUGCUCAUGCUUAUUUCAUCCGCCACCAGUUCCUCACAUCCAGUGCCACAUGCCCAGUUACAAUUGUUGAUGAAGGCAACUUAGCAGAGCAAGCUUUUAUACUAGCCAAGAAACAAAAGUCCUUGGCGUGCGCUAUCAGGCUGGGGAUCACCAUUCUGGGAUAUCACCAGAAUGACACCAGUGCUAUUUUAGAUGAAAAACUUUCGGACUUGAGGCUGUGCUCACGUAGAGCUUUAAGGGACUGUCAAGUGGUACGCAGCAUCAUUCAUCUUCUAGAUAUCAUAAGCCAAUACGCCCGCUCAGAGCUAGUCGUUUUUACAAUUCAUUGAGGUCGCCAUUGAAAGACAAGAAAGGUGUGCGUCAAUAUCUGCGCUGCUUGUGCGGGGAUCAAUCACAACAAAUACGCUGGUCGUGUUUGUCAAGAAUGAUAUUUAAUCGUACUUUGAAAAAAGUGAAAUGAAUAUGAAGGAACUUUUAACUUCAGACCUUGCCAACGAAUGGACAAACGAGGAUCCAUUUCAGCCAUAAGGACACUUUUGCUUGUUUCUGUGCCUAGUCCGUUGGUAUAUUUAAUAUUUUUGCUAACAAUUUUGUUAGAAUGCAAGGAAGUAUUUUAUUAAUAUUUUAAACUGUCUGCCUUAAUGCAGAAAAUCAAACUCUUAGAACUUUUAAUGUUAUAACAAGUGAUAUUUUUAUGUGACAUUUUAAGUUUCCUUGCACUGCUUUUCGCUCAGUGCGUGUGUAAAAAUUGCAUACAAACAGAAUCUGGAAAGAAUUUAUACAAUGUUCCUAUUGCUUCAUCAGUUUUCUGCCACACAUUUUCUAAACAUUAAAUUAUUUUCCACUUAUUUUUCUUUUUCUUUGAUGUCUAUUUUCGCAACAAAUAUAUGUUCCUCAAAAUGUUUUUAAAACAUGUUUCACACAGAUUGGAGAGGUGGAACGAAAAAAUUACUGAAAGAUAUUUCUCAUUUCAUAUUUGUAUAAGUAAUUUUUAAUAACUUUUGUGAAAGUUUAAUAAAUAUUUUUUACCGAAA